UUUAUAUUUACUAGCGAUUGAGGAGAGAGAGGGAGAGAGAGAGCGGGUGAAGAGACAACCGGUGCGCGCAGCUUUCCCAUGAGGAAAUGAGAAGAAUAGAAGCUCUCCGAGGAAAGAGAGCCAAAGAGGGAUGCAUGCCAGAGAAGGAAACAGCCUCGCAUCCUCCAACUCAAGUCAUAUCUGAGACGAUCCUGAGCCGGAUGGUGGGAAAGUGAGAGAGGAGGAGAGCGUGGUCACCGCCGCCCUGAGCCCAUAAACACACACGUUCGUUCUCUCACACUCUAGCGGCAGCUGUGUGUUGUGUGUGCGUCUGCUCUUUUGUGCCGGCAGUUGGGAUUGUUCUUGGCCCCGUCUGACCCCCCUGUCACCCCCUUAGUGUGUGUGAGUGCAUGUGAAAGCGUCAGGGGUCUCGGGACGUGGAGCGAGCCGAGGGUCAGGGUUCGGGUAUCCGGACGGGUCCUGGAGCAUCUGAGGAAGAGGAGGAGGAGAGCAUCUGCCGCUCAGCGCUGGACAUGCACAUCAGCUCUUCUGCUGGGGGUCUCGGACUGACAUAGCCUCGGCCAAUCACAGACUGAGUUAGAGGUGGCGGCCCAUAAGGGGCGUGAUGGCGGCCAUGCCGUUCGUCAGCGAGGGGAAGUGUGUGAGCGUGGAGUGGGAUUUCCUACAGGGGUUGCUCGCCAAACCGCCAACCUUGCCCUGCCUGCAAAACUUGAGGAAGGAGAAGUCACGCAACGCGGCUCGUUCUCGGCGGGGUAAAGAGAAUUUUGAGUUCUUUGAGUUGGCCAAAAUGCUCCCUCUUCCCGGAGCAAUCACCAGCCAGUUGGACAAGGCCUCCAUCAUCCGCCUCACCAUCAGCUACCUGCAUAUGAGACACUUUGCCAGCCAAGGAGACCCGCCCUGGAGCCCUCUAAUGGAGGGGCAGAACAAUUGCAACAAGGUGAGAAGAACGAGUCAUUCAUUGGCCACUGAUAUAUUUGAGCAGCACCUGGGAGCUCAUCUUCUACAGUCUCUAGAUGGAUUUGUGUUUGUGGUCAGUCAAGAAGGAAGAUUCCUUUAUAUCUCAGAGACCGUGUCCAUCUACCUUGGUCUUUCACAGGUUGAGUUGACCGGCAGUAGCGUGUUCGAUUACAUCCACCCUGCGGACCAUGUUGAGAUGGCAGAUCGUCUUGGCAUUAGGCCACACCUCCGGGCGGAGGCAGGCUGUCAAACUUCCCAUGAGAGUGCUUCAAGCUCCGCCUCCACACCUUCACUGGCGGGAACUCCAGAAUCAGCACCAUCCAGUCCCUGUUCUCCUGCCAAUGAGCUGUCAGAACGUGGCUUCUUUAUCCGGAUGAAAUCCACCCUCACCAAACGCGGCAUCCACGUUAAAUCUUCUGGUUAUAAAGUGAUUCAUGUAACAGGUCGAAUACGCUGUCGCCCCGCCCUGGUGCCAGGCACCUCCCGUCCCUUGCAUCGGCCAAUGGGGUUAGUCGCUCUGGCUCACACACUUCCGCCCUCCACGCUUAAUGAAGUGCGCAUGGAAAGUCACAUGUUUGUGUUCAGGGUCAACAUGGACUUACAAGUCACCUACUGUGAGAACAGGAUUUCUGAGUAUAUGGAUCUCAGUCCAGCAGACGUGGUCGGACAAACUUGCUACCACUUCAUCUAUGUAGAAGAUCUGGACACCAUCAGGCAGAGCCAUGAAGACUUAUUACGGAAGGGGCAGGUUGUGACGGGCUACUAUCGCUGGCUGCAGAGGAGAGGAGGCUAUCUAUGGAUUCAGUCCUGCGCAACCGUGUCCAUCAACCACAAAGCACCCCAUGAGCGGAACGUCAUCUGGGUCAACUAUGUGGUCAGUCGACCAGAGCUGGCAGACAUGCCUCUGGACUUAUUACAACUCCCAGAAAGCCUGAGGGCAGAACGGCUUCAAGUAAGCUCCUCCCCACGACACAACUCUCCAAAGGCACAAGGUUCCACAGUCACGCAGCCUAUAAAAAGUAAUGCGGCCAGAGCCGAACCAGACCGCAAAGGAAAGGAAACCUACGCGCAUUCGGUUUCCAGCCAAGCAGAGGAGACCAGGAAGCGAUCCCACCAUCCUAACUCUGACAGCGGUCCUCCAGAGAGCAGGAGGCGUGUGGAGGUGUUUCGUCAGAGAGAGGACAGCCCUUGUACCUCCUCAGACCAAGCCAGCGACAGCGAGGUGGAGGAGGAGGAAGAGAGAGAGACUCAAUGGGACCACGCCUCCAGCAGCAAACACGUGAAGAAUGAGGAUGGGACGGCCAAACAGGGCAACGGUAAGAUCCAUAACGGUCGCGCUGUGAUCCAGCAUCUAAAGAGCGUGGUGACCAGUUCAGCAUCAAAUAUUAAAACUGAACAGGAAGUGAUGGGAACAAAUUCAGGGGGGCGUUGGAGCCAGCCUCCAUCCGGUGCAGGAACCAACGGAAGCAGUCAGCCUUCAAAAUCCACCCCAACAGAAGCUCCACCCAAGGGUUUGUUCAACCCUCCCUCCCCAACUUUGUCUCCGCCCAUCUCUGCCACACCUCUGGCCAGAGAUGAUCGUUCUAUUCACGGAGGGCGCGCUUCAGACUUCGAGCUGCUCCAGAGACUGACCGCGAGCGGAGCUGCGGGACGGGUGCUCUUUCAUCCCCUGGCACUCGGACCACAAGGGCCUCAAAGUCUCUACGCCCCCAGUACGAUUCGUUACGCCCCCGCUGAGAUGCCUGCGGGUCAUGCAGAAGGUCAUCGCUCGGAUUACGUGGCUAAAACCCCGGCUUUCUUUCCACACCUGCAAAGGAUCGCGUCUCUGCCGCCCUUCAGUGGCUUCUCUCCGGCAGAACCCACCUUUCCUCCGACUCUGCCCUUCUGUAUGAAUGGACUGAGGGGUGCCGCUGGAACGGAAGAGGACUGAGAGAGGGAAAAAGUGAGAGAGAGAGAUGGACAGAGAGAGAGGGAAAAUGAAAUGGAGAGGCACUAAGAAAUAAGGAAUAAUACUACAAAAGGGACCACAGGAAAAGAUUGGGCAAACAGUCUUCCCAGAAUCCUCUUCUCUGUUCAUUUGUACGUCUUCCUCUCUCUUAACAAGCAGUUAAAGCCAUACUGAACAUAUGAAGGACAUCAUGCAAUUACACGUUGAGAAUAUAAAGAGCAGUUGUCCCCAGAAGGGACCCACUCAAAUUUUGUCUUGGGCCGUUUGAUUUUAACCAAUGGCUCUGGGAAUAUGCAAGUAUGGACCGGAGCAAAAUGGUGGGCAAUUGCCAAAACAGACAUUCCUGACAACAUACAUAAGAAAGCACAGUCCAGAGGUCCCCGGGUGGCCCUCAGAGGGACCAGACUGAUGAAAAGUAGAACUUUUGAACAAUGUAGAAUUUUCAUUUUUGUAAAAAAAGAAAAUUGAAUAAUUGUCUUUAAACGUAUGAAAAGAAUCACUUGAAAACAAAAUACCCAUGUAAGGUCAUAGCCAUAUAUAGACCACACUAGAGACUUCAUACAUGCAAAGCCUCCAAAAAACUCCAGAGCAAAUAUCAUGGACUAACCUUCCUGUCAGUAAUUUGGGGUUUGUUGGGAUGGCGGGUGGGUUGGGGGUGGUUGUGUGUGUUGUUUUGUCAUUUAUCAUGUCCAAGCACUUAUAGGAUAUUGUUGCAGACACGUAGCACUUCAUCUAUGAUUCUAGUAUUCUGUAUUCUAGUUCUCCUACAGUAAAAUCACAAGAAUUAAGUUUACAGUAAGCGUGAGCUUGUUAUAUAAAGGUGCAAUCUUUAAUGGUAAAAUAAAUUGAAAAAGAAACCUCUUUUUUAGGACCUACUUAAUAAAAAAAAGCAUAUUUCCUUUCAAUUUCUCAUUGACAUAAUAUUUACAAUAUGAAAAAGGUAGUGCUUAAUAUAUAGCCAUGGAAAAAAUGAAGUGACCAUUCCAAAUUUUCAUUAAAUCAGAAUUUCUAGAUGUAUUUUGGUCAUUCCAGUCCAGUGUCUGUUGAAUUUCAACGAAAUCAAACCUCAGGAGUGACAAGGUCAUCCAAGAGCAAUGAGAAAGACUGACAGCAUGACAAGACACAUAAAAAUCGAGGUCAUCAUAUAUUAAAAAAAUAUUUUGAACUUGUCCUAAAUAAAAUACAUGUAGAACUGUUGUAUUGCUUAAAAUUGAAUAUGAACUUGUUUUCGUUGCAGUAUUUGAGGUCUGAAAAAAUACUGAGCAUCUUUUCUGUUAUUUUGACCUCUUUCUCCAGUUUUCAUUUUCUGCAAAUAAAUGCAAAUAGAAACAAGAUUUUCAUUUGAAAUUUGGAAGAAAUAUUGUAAAUUCAGAAAACGCUUAUUUGGUACGCUUAUAUACCAAAACAACCUUGUAGCCAAUGAGCAGUAAGGUGCACAGUGCACAGGACGGACAUUAGCCGAGCCGAGCGCUGACGAAAGCGAAAGAUGGGGGUAGGGGUGUGUUUGUUUUGGUGAUUUGAACAUCAACAACGGCUAAGAGAAAUCGGACACCCCGCCUUUAAGAGGACAUCUUUUGGUGUAUGUGUCUGUAUGAUGUUCCACCAGUAAAAUCUCAAGUCAUAUGUUAACAAGCCAAUGGAUAUCAAGUGUGUGGAAUCACAAAACUCCAAAAAUUAAAAUGGUUCACUUUCACGUGACAAAAUCUGAACAGAUUUGAAGUCAUUUAUAAUAAUUCAGUCUUUACUCAGAUGUAAAAUUAAGGAUUGUACCUUUUAUGAAACUGUCACUAAAGGACUACAGAGCCAAAGGUAGUUCACUCAAAUAUAACAAUUAUGUCAUCUUUUUUUCUUGUCAUGUUGAAACAUUUUUUAAAGAAUGUUCAUGCUGCUCUUUUGUUUUUAGAUUUCUUAUAAAUGUUAAAUCUUUCAAUUUAUUUUCUGGUUUUAAUUGAAUACUGUGAAUACUGAAUACUGAAUUUAACCCCAACUGUUAGUCAUUUUUCAAUGAAUGCCAUGAGAUUGAUGAUGACAGAAUUUUUAUGGGAUGUGAAGGUUCCAAAAACUAAAAUACUUACAAUAAUGUGUUUGUAUUUAAGUGGACUAUAAAAACUAUAUCAAGUUCUUAUAAAGCCACACCGAAGAUAACUGAAUGUGGUUUGAUAAGCAGUAAAAGCAUUUAUGACGACAAACAUCUCUCCAUAUCGCCACACUUUUCUAGGUAUUUUGUUGUUUUUGUGUGUAUAUGUGUUUCUCAUGCAGUAUUAUCAUAUAUAAGUGGUUUUCAGUAGCACUACAUGAUGUGAGAUGGUCUUUUUAUUUCCAUUUGUGAUUGCGAGUGAAUGUGUAAAUAGAGAGAGAGAGAGCGAGAGAGUCAAUCCAGAAAAUAUCAGCUCAAGAGUUGAUGUCCUCUUGACUCUAACCACUGUGACUUCAACUUCUUUAUGAUGAGGAGAUGUUUGUGAACAUACAGCGCCAUGAGCAUUAAAUGAAAAUUAUACAUUGUAAAAAUGAUUAUUAUGAUAAUCCAAACAUCAACAAUAAACUCUAUU